AUGACGGAUACAGCAUCUAACAACACCCCGGCCGCUGAUCCGCCUCCCGGAGUCACCCCCAACUUUGUGAACCCGCCAUCUCCGCAUUCCGUGAAUUUGGGCGUCAGCAUCGCCUGCCUGAUCCUCAUGAUCGUUGUGGUGGGUGUUCGGACAUAUACGAAAGCCGUUAUCCUGCGAGAUAUGCGACAUGAAGACUCUCCUAACGUGUCACCACAGUUAAUCUUCUUAGCCUGGGGCCCUAUCUACACUUACCUCUCAUCUCUUGGGCUAAGUCGAGAUCUAUGGAAUAUCAGGGCGAGCGAUAUGCCCCCGUUACUGCGACUAUGUAAUGACUUCCAGCUCUUGUACUCGCCCGCAAUGGGCGCUGCCAAGUACUUCAUCUGCGUCCAUCUCAAGAGGAUCUUCUGCCCUUCGAACAGAGGAGCUGUGCAUUGGACGUUGGUGGCCUUGAUUACCGUCAAUGUCAUGUUUUACCUCACCACCUUCUUUGCGCAGAUGUUCCAGUGCAUCCCCCGCGAGAAAAUCUGGAGGCCCGACCUUCCAGGCUCAUGCAUGAAAUCGUUCGUUGGCAUAUUAGCAAUUGGCGUUGCGAACCUUGUUCUGGACCUGGGUAUCUUGCUUGUUCCCAUCUGGGCCAUCUGGAAGCUUCAGAUACCCGUGAAGCGCAAGCUAGAAGCGUACGCGGUGUUUUCGCUGGGCAUCCUGACGUGUAUCAUAGCGGCAGUGAGCAUUGCAUUCCGUGUACCAAAAGACGACAACUCAAAUGCCGUCUUGCAUAUGGCCAAGGUCGGCCUUUGGUCGUAA